AUGAUUGUUGGGAUGUUUGCCACAGACAUGCAAACAAAGGAGGUGGCGUGUAGGAUGACAUGUAAGAUGGCAGUAAGUAAGAUUGAGCAUUUUAUACUUGACUUUGUGGGAUCUGAAUAUGUGAAGGGGGGCGUGGUUGUGAAGGGAUUCUACAAGUAUGUUUAUGGCGCAGUUGAUUCUAUGUGGUAUGUAGUGAUAACCAGCAUGGGAUACAGUGAGAUGAAGGCAUAUACAUUACUGGAUGUAUUACAGAAGAACGGAGGGAAGGAUAUGCUUGAUGUACUUGUUGUAAUGGACAAUAUAUUGUAUGGACAGGUGGUUUUUGAUACGAACCUGAGUUUGGUGAAGGAUAUGGAUAGCCAAGAGGAGAAGAUACACGACAUGAUGAUGCGUAAUAAGAGAAAGGAGGUUAUGCAGAAGCAUAAAGAAUUCCAGAGGAAACCUGUGAGUGAGAUUGACAAGGAGCUGGAGAGAGUGCGCAAUCUUGAGAUUGAGAUGAGGAAUGAAAGCAUACAACAGCUGAAGAGCAUGUCAAAGAUGAGCAGCGAUCCUGUGAAAGAAAGAAGAAAAGAACUAGUGACUUCAUCAGGGCCAGUUCUUAUUGUGCUGAAGGAGAAGUUAAGGAUUGAGAUAGAUAAAGAAAACAAUGUCAAGAGCAGAGAGGUACAGGGAGACAUGACGCUCAUGAUCAAGGAUGAGAAAUACAGUGAUAUAGAGAUUGUUCUGAGGAAUCAUACGAAGGAGAUGAAAUUCAGUCCGAACAUUGACAAGUCUGUGUCUAUGUCUGGAGUGAUUAAGUGUGAUAAAGGAUUUCCUGUUGAUAAGAAUGUAGCGCUUGUGAAGUGGAAGAGUACCAAUAUUGAGGAGACGCCAGUUACAUUUACUUUUUGGCCGUGUGAGACGAGCCUGAAUGUGUACCAGAUAAUGCUCGAAUACACGGCUGAAAUGGAUGUUGAGAACCUGAGAGUGUUUUUCCCAAAAGCAAGGAUAUCUAAUGUUGUUUUGAAUGGGGAUGCCAGAGAAGAGGAGAUGCACAUUGUGUGGGAGAUUGGCACUGUUGAGAAAGGAGGAUCAGAUAGCCUGGAGUUUAGCUGCACAUGCACUGAUCCAUCGAUGAUUUUCCCAUUGGAUGUUUAUUUUACAGCAGAUUUUGUUUGUACAAAGCUGAAUGUUGAUAAAGUAAUGAUUGGCACUGCAGAGGUAGAGGAGACUGAUGUGAAGAAGAUGUUUGAGGUUGACAAGUUUGUUGUUGUUGAUGAAUAA